AUGUCAGGAAAGAAGAGAAGAAAUAUUGAGCCAACGGCAGAAGACCUGUCUGGAGUGGAGUUCGAGAGUUCUGAAGAAGUGGAAGUAAUUCCAACGUUCGAUGCUAUGGGAUUGAGAGAGCCACUUCUUCGCGGCAUAUAUUCGUACGGUUUUGAAAAGCCAUCGGCUAUUCAACAACGUGCUAUCAAGCCGAUUCUGAAAGGUCGUGACGUCAUCGCGCAGGCUCAAUCCGGUACUGGAAAAACUGCAACAUUCUCGAUUUCUGUUCUGCAAUCAAUCGAUACAGAUCUGCGUGAAUGUCAAGCACUGAUUUUGUCCCCGACUCGCGAGUUGGCUGUACAGAUCCAGAAGGUUGUUCUUGCCCUCGGAGACUACAUGAACGUGCAGUGCCACGCAUGUAUUGGUGGGACGAAUAUUGGAGAGGAUAUCCGAAAACUGGACUAUGGGCAACAUGUUGUAUCCGGAACACCAGGGCGUGUUUUUGAUAUGAUCCGUCGACGCAAUCUCCGCACUCGUUCCAUAAAGUUGCUUGUCCUUGAUGAAGCUGACGAAAUGUUAAACAAAGGAUUCAAAGAGCAGCUGUAUGACAUCUACAGAUACCUUCCACCUGGGGCUCAGGUCGUAUUGCUUUCUGCUACGCUCCCUCAUGAAAUCCUCGAAAUGACUAGCAAGUUUAUGACUGAUCCCAUAAGAAUUCUUGUAAAACGUGAUGAGCUGACGCUAGAAGGUAUUAAACAGUUCUUCGUUGCCGUUGAUUGUGAGGAAUGGAAGUUCGACACACUUGUGGACCUCUACGAUACUCUCACCAUCACUCAAGCAGUACUUUUCUGCAAUACUCGUAGAAAGGUUGAUUGGUUAGCUGAAAAGAUGAAGGAAGCGAACUUCACAGUCUCCUCCAUGCAUGGUGAUAUGGAACAAAAAGAACGUGAACAAAUCAUGAAGGACUUCCGUGCUGGAAACAGUCGUGUGCUCAUUUCUACUGAUGUAUGGGCUCGUGGGCUCGAUGUUCCACAGGUUUCACUUGUGAUCAAUUAUGAUCUGCCGAACAAUCGUGAGUUGUACAUCCAUCGCAUUGGUCGUUCAGGCCGUUUCGGAAGAAAGGGUGUGGCGAUCAAUUUCGUGAAACACGAUGAUGUGCGCAUUCUUCGCGAUAUUGAGCAGUAUUAUUCGACCCAAAUUGACGAAAUGCCGAUGAAUAUCGCCGACAUGAUUUGA